AUGGACGCUUCGCAGACUCAUGCUAACCUUGCUAGUACUGCAAUCCAUAUUUGGACAGUGGCCGCUGUUUACAAUAUCAUCAGUAUCUACUGUUACCUAAGAUUGUUUCUGUUUUUGAAGAAUAAUACGGAAGCAAAUUCUGCAUUAAGAGCUCAAGACAGAGCUAGAGAUAGACAGAGGAAUAUCUUGCCAGCAAGAAUAGGAAUUAUACAUUUAAUUCUCUUCUUCAGCCCUUCAACAUUCCUUUAUAUUCUAUUCUACUCUAACGGAACAAAUCAAACCCUGGGCGUGAAACAGUUCUCAUUGGCGAUGUCUUCUGACAUAAUCCAAUGUUUGAUAUCCCCAGCAGUCUUCUUCUAUGGCUCUGAGGAAAUGAGAAAAAUUAUUUUGGCUCCGAUUCUCUGGAUGCAGAUUCAGCUGACAGAUCUAGUGUAUCCCAACCGCGUACACAAUAUUGCCCCACAGGUAUGCCGUAGUAGAGAGGGGGUGCGUGGGACGCCAUGAGCCCCGCGAAAUGGUCUCCAAGUCUCUGAAUUUGCAGA